AUGGGUGAGCCUGACUGUGAAUCAAUUCAAGCUAAUGAGGCUGAUCGGAUUCAAUUUUCACUAAACCUAGAACUGUUGAAAGCUGAGUUUUUCUUGAAUGGUGCAGUUGGUCAAGGGCUCAACACCAUUGAUCCAUCUUUAGCCCAACGUGGUCCACCUCGCAUUGGCACUAAGAAGGCCAAUCUUGACCCUGUUGUUGAUCAUAUAAUUAAGGAAUUCAAUUUCCAAGUAGUCGAUAAUAUCAGGUCAAAGGCAGUUGGAUCAAAUUAUCAAAACCUAGUGGUGCAAUUAUUGAUGAUUGAUGUUGGCACAAAUGGUAUCAAUGAGCCAACUGGUCGUAAUAUUUAUUUCUUUUUCAUUGCCUUUGUCUUUCUUAUUACAUUGAAACUCAGCCCUGUCAAUGGUGCUCCCAAUUGUGGACCAAUUGUAGCCGAUGAUACUGAUCGGAUUCAGUUUGCUCUUAACCUUGAAUUCCUUGAAGCAGAGUUUUUCUUAAAUGGUGCACUUGGUCAUGGACUUGACAGCAUAGAGCCAUCUUAUGCUCAGGGCGGUCCACCACCAAUUGGUGCUACCAAGGCCAAUCUUGACCCUCUAGUUCGUCAGAUCUUUGAGGAAUUUGGUUAUCAAGAAGUUGGUCAUCUCAGGGCUAUUAUUACAAGAGUAGGUGGAAUUCCCAGGCCGCUGUUGGAUCUCAGCCCUCAGAAUUUUGCUAAAAUAUUUGAUGAAGCAGCUGGUUUCAAAUUGAGCCCUCCAUUUGACCCUUACUUGAACACACUGAACUAUCUCUUAGCAACCUAUGUUAUCCCUUAUGUAGGACUAGUGGGUUAUGUUGGCACCAUUCCAAACCUUUCCAAAAAAAGUUCUCUAAGUUUGGUUGCAUCGCUUUUGGGCGUGGAAGCUGGACAAGAUGCAGUGAUACGAACAUUACUCUAUGAGAGAGCCGAAGAAAAGGUGUUGCCAUAUGACAUAACUGUGGCACAGUUCACAGGCUAUAUCUCUCGUCUUAGGAACAAUUUGGCUAUGUGUGGUAUCAAAGAUGAAGGCAUUAUAGUACCUCUAUACCUUGGUGCAGAGAAUCUUAUGGACAGCAACAUACUCUCAGCUAAUACAGAUUCUGUUUCAUAUGCUAGGACACCACCUGAGAUCUUAAGGAUAGUGUAUGGAACUGGAAAUGAACACGUACCAGGUGGGUUUUAUCCUCAUGGUGGAGGUGGUAACAUUGCAAGGAGCUUUCUCAAGAAAGCUUGAUUAUUUGGAGACUGUUAUUUGUAUUACUAAUAUUUAUAUUUUGGUGCAUUAAAGUCAAACAUGGUUGUUAAAUUGUUACGUCUAUUUAUGGAGUGGAUAAUGACUGUGUUUUUUAAAAUAAUUCAAAGAUGAAUGUCAAAAUUAGGUGUACAUGUGUUUGAAUUUUAACUGUAUUAAAUUUCUGUCAAAAUCCUAUAAAUGAACCGUCAAAACAUGUACGUACAUGGAAAUAUUUAUAUUUUGGUGCAUUGAAGUCAAAUAUAGUUGUUAAAUUAUUACGUCUA